AUCCAAUAAGCUAACAUCAAUCGAACAUAACUGGCCAAUCGGCGAGCAACUUGCAUUUCAUUGGGUGUCAUUUAAAACUUCAUAUAUUUCAAUAAAACAAACAUAGAAAGGCGCUAUUCGUCUUGUCCAGUCCAGAAUUGGCAAUUCUUUUUUUUGAAAAAAUUAAAUUUUUAUCUCACUUAAAUUCAAACUAGUCCAAUUUCGAUAGAGAAUAAUUCGAUGAUGUAUCAACAACCGGAAAAUUCCAACGAUAAUUCAUUAAUGAACGAUCAAAUGGGUCAUACAACGGAUAGUUAUGAUAGUGGCGAUAAUGAUCGCAGUGAAUUAUUAUUACGAGAACAGGACCGUUUCUUACCCAUCGCUAAUAUCUCAAGAAUAAUGAAGAGAUCCAUACCAGCUAAUGGUAAGAUAGCUAAAGAGGCAAAAGAAUGCGUACAGGAAUGUGUUUCUGAAUUCGUUAGCUUCAUUACAAGCGAAGCUAGUGAUCGAUGUAAACAAGAAAAACGUAAAACAAUUAAUGGUGACGAUAUCCUGUUUGCUAUGUCUAUUCUUGGAUUUGAUAAUUACAUCGAACCAUUGCAACAAUAUCUAAUUAAAUAUAGAGAUUUUAUCGUUCGUAAUGAUAAAGAUAUCAAGAAUAUUGAUCUCAAAGAUGAUGUCAGUGAUAACUCAUCGACCAAUCAACAUGAAGAUGAUUCGAUUCAAUAGUUUUUGAUGAUAAAUUUCUUCAUUCUAGCUAACCGUUUUUCCAUCUUUUCAAUUAUUUUUCAUCAAUUACCCAUUAUAUUUAUCGACAAUUGUAACAUGAUUAAUCAUCAUUUUAUUUAAUUUUUUAAUUUUAAAUGAAAUUCAUCUUGCAUUAUAAAAUUUUUAUAUAAUUU